AUGAUUCCCUUUACAGGCUGCAAAGCAGCCAAACUGGCGGACUUCGUCUUCAUCGUGGACGAGUCGGGAAGCAUCGGCUCUGAGAACUUCGACCUGGUGCGCUCUUUCCUGCUGUCCAUCGUCAGCGGCUUGGACGUCGGUGACAAGAGAGUUCGGGUGGGUAUCGUUACGUACAGCGACCGAGCCACAGCGCUGGUCUACCUCAACAGCUUUAAUGAAACGGACAGUUUGCUGAAUUUCAUCAAAAUCCUGCCUUAUCGCGGAGGUGGUACAAACACCGGAGCUGCCCUCGACUUCACUCGCGAAAAUAUUUUCACCGAGGACGCUGGAAGCAGGAAAGAUAAGGGCGUUCAGCAGGUGGCGGUCGUGAUCACAGACGGCGAAUCGCAGGAUAACGUGACCGAGGCGGCAGCUGCUCUCCGCCGCGCUGGCGUCACCGUUUACGCUGUAGGAGUCCAAAAUGCCAACGAGGCUGAACUGAACCAGAUAGCGUCCCACCCCCCCAACAAGCACGUGUUCAUAGUGGACACUUUUGACAAGCUGAAAGGUCUGAAGAAGAACCUGCAGAGGACUCUUUGCUAUAACAUCAUUCACCAGGCGGUCUCAGUCAGCACAAGAAGAGCUGGCAUCAAAGAAGGCUGCGUGCAGACCGAUGAAGCCGACAUGUUCUUCCUGAUCGACCACUCGGGAAGCAUUCACCCCACUGACUUCUAUGACAUGAAGAAGUUCAUCAUUGAGUUUAUUGAUACCUUCCGUAUCGGGCCUCAGCAUGUCCGAAUGGGCGUUGCCAAAUACGCAGAUUCGCCAAACCUGGAAUUUGAUCUGACCGAUUACACAGAUGCAUCCACGCUGGAGAAAGCUGUGGAGGAAAUUAGUCAAGUAGGCGGCGGCACACAGACGGGGCAGGCCCUGGAAUUCAUGAGUCCACACUUUGAGAGAGCUGUGGUCACUCGUGGUCACAAAGUCCCCACGUUCCUGGUGGUCAUCACGGAUGGAAAAUCUCAGGAUAAGGUCAAGGUUCCAGCAGAGCGACUGAGGAAUCAGGGUGUCAUUGUCUACGCCAUUGGG